AUGGUUAUGAACAGUACCUCGUCGAUGUCAACGAUGGAUUUCCGCUUGGAUGAACAGCGACUGUUGACGGGGAAAGAGCACUGCGUCGAAGAGAGAGAGGUACACCAGGGAGCGAGAUGGGCCGAAGAGAAAGAGCGAAGACACUUCAAGCAAUAUCAAGGACCGAGGAAAGAAAUUCAAGAAUGA